AUGCGCAGUACAUUCUACGUGGCUCUAGCCUUCGCGAUUGUGACUCGCAGCAGCGCUUCCGCAGAACUCCCGAAUCCCGACGAGACUGGGCUCUUAUCAGACACUUAUACCAAAAGGUCUCUUCGGGUCGCAGGCCAAGAAGUCGCCCGGGGCGGGCAGGGCGACGAGUUUGUGAAAGUCAUCGUCCAGAGUACAGUCGUGCACCUCCAAUUCGGCAGGGCGGACCAUAUCAACAGUGCCAGAGCAUAUGCGCACAACGUAAAGCAAAAAACAAACGCAAAUCCAGUACACUGA